AGUAACCUGUGCUCUGUGUUCUUUGCAAACAAAAGUAGCUGUGUCCCUUGCAUCCAUCUUAUCUUCUUGGAGCCGCCCCUUGACCCGCUCUCCCCUAUUGGGAGGCGGCGUAGUUAGCAGCCUACUGUUAUAACGACAAACUGUUAAGCUAUGAAGCCAAUUCAGCACCAGCGAUGAGAGUGCAAGCUUGGGCCGCGAAAGCGGGAGUGCGGAGGCUCUUCACCGCAACUAGUAUCCCGAGCUUGUAGCAUUUUCGGCGCUUUACCACCGCGACGCAAAGGGCAGUUAACAUGGAGGACUCGGGACCGUCCGGUGGGCAACAGAACGCUGGUGACGGUGACGAGGAGAUAGCUGAAGUGGACCCUGAAGGCAGCUACUGCCGCUAUAAGGAGCCAGUGGGCAAGGGGCGAUUCAAGACCGUUUUUAAAGCAUUCAACAGCCAAAUUGGAAUCGACGUGGCAUGGAGCAAGGUUAGCGCGGCUGCGAACCACCUAAGCGGAGAGCAGCUGCACAGUGUGGCCAGGGACAUGAUGACCGGGCUUGAGCUGGACCACCCCAACAUCAUUAAAUGCUUUCGGUGCUGGGAGGACCAGGAGCACGGUUGCAUCAACCUCAUUACGGAGCUCUUUACGUCGGGCAACUUGCGCCAGUAUCGCAACAUGCACAAGCACCUCGACCUGAAAGCCGUGAAGCGUAUGGCCAAGCAGAUCUUGCGCGGCCUGGUGUAUCUGCACAGCAUGUGCCCGUCGGUCACGCACGGAGACCUUCGCUGUGACAAGAUAUACGUGAACGGCCACAGCGGAGAAAUCAAGAUCGGCGACCUGGGCUUGGCAACUUUGCUGCCCUAUCGCUGGGAGGAGCACGAGGGCCACAAGGGCGUAUUUGACACGUCGGUGGACGUGUUUGCGUUCGGCCUUUGUAUGCUGGAGCUCAUUACGCUUAAGCAGCUGGACCCGCAGCAUUGCUCCGACUGGCCGCAGCUGCUGGAGGAGGUGACCGACGAGGAGGCCCGCGCGUUUAUCGCGAAAUGCUUGGGACCUGCGGACCAGCGGC